CUCCGCGCUCCUCCCGCGCGCGGCCCCUGGAGUUCCAGAGGCGCGAGGUCAGCCCAGCUCCGGCCCGCCGCACAGCGCGCAGCCCCUCGUCGGAGCAAGUGCGGGCCGGAGCCGGGAGGGCGGCGAGGGACGUGUCCCUCCAGGUCCUGCCUGUGGUCCCUGAGCAGCCGGGGCGACGGCGAGGCUCAGCGGGGCCGAAACCAUGAAUCGGAGUUUUCAUAAGUCUCAGACCCUGCGCUUCUAUGACUGCGGCGCGGUGGAAGUCAAGAGCAAAUUUGGGGCUGAGUUUCGAAGGUUCUCUUUGGACCGUCAUAAACCUGGGAAGUUUGAAGAUUUCUACCAGUUGGUUGUGCACACUCACCACAUCUCCAACACCGAAGUGACCAUUGGCUAUGCAGAUGUGCACGGGGACCUGCUGCCCAUCAACAAUGAUGACAACUUCUGCAAGGCAGUCUCCAGUGCAAAUCCUUUGCUCAGAGUCUUCAUCCAGAAACGAGAAGAGGCUGACCACUACAGCUUUGGGGCAGGUACCCUGUCAAGGAAAAAGAAGGUGCUGGUGACACUGAGGGAUGAGGGUCUGCGCCGGCGUGCCCACCUUGACAUCAGCAUGCCACACGACUUCCGCCCAGUGUCCUCCAUCAUUGACGUGGACAUCCUCCCUGAGACGCAUCGCCGUGUGAGGCUGUACAGACAUGGUUGCGAGAAGCCACUGGGCUUCUACAUCCGUGAUGGCACAAGUGUGCGGGUGACCCCCCAUGGGCUAGAGAAGGUCCCAGGCAUCUUUAUUUCCCGAAUGGUACCCGGGGGGCUUGCAGAGAGUACUGGGCUGCUGGCUGUGAAUGAUGAGGUUCUGGAGGUGAACGGCAUCGAGGUAGCUGGGAAGACACUCGAUCAAGUCACAGACAUGAUGAUCGCCAAUAGCCACAACCUCAUUGUCACCGUCAAGCCUGCCAACCAGAGGAACAACAUUGUCCGAAGCAGCCGCACUUCUGGCAGUUCUGGCCAGUCCACAGACAGCGCUGCUAGCCACCACAGCCUGCUUGCCCAUGACCUGCAGAACUGCCAUCCUGACGAAAUGGAGAGUGAUGAGGAGGCUGACAUCGUCAUCGAAGGGGCCUUGGAACCUCAGCACAUUCCCAAGCCACAGGGUGCGCCUUCCAGCACCCUUUCUCGGGCUAAUGGCACUAGCCUUGUGGACAGGCUGCAUCGGGACCUGGCCCUGCACAGCUCUGGGCGGGAAAGCAAUGGCAGCAUUCACAGACUGCUCAGCUCCCUGAAAUCCGACCCCCGCAAUAGCCUGAUCCUUCCCCCAGGAGGGGUGGAGGAACACGGGCCAGCUAUCACCCUCUAGGGCCCAGGCCACAGGAGGAGGCCACAGAGCCCAAGACCCAGACAGACCACGUUGGCAUUCCACCUGCGGAUAGGAGAGCACUGAGAGGAGCGAGCUGGUAAUGCUACUAGUGAUUCCAAAAGUAAAAUUUCCAAAGGGAAACAAAUGUUUUACAUUUUUAUAUCAAUUUUAAAGUAAAAAUAAUUGUAUAUUUCAUUCCCUCCUUUUUUAACCACUCCCACAACUGUAUUCUUUAUGGACAGAAAAAAAAAAAAUACUGCCUAUUUUUAUAGGAUUUCUCCGUAGAACUUUACACAUGCACACACUUUGGGGCAGGCUUGAGUGCAGGUCCCAGAAAGACUUCUGAGUAAAUAUAAAACACACUUUAUUUUUAAAUUAUAAAAAUACUUCAUCUUUUAAAAUGAAGCUUUAAAAUAACCUUUUUUAAAGUGGAAAAGUUCAUAUUUUUAACUUAACUGGUGCAGAAACACCCCACGAUACUGUGUUUUCUGCUGAUCUGGUGGAAGGCUGCAACAAGAAGGCAGGGACUGUUCUUAAGGACAGCGCACCCGAAUUUGUGACAGGUAUGACCACAGGAGAACUGCAGCUUUCACAAUGUUGGACACCGGUUCAGAGAACCCAGGGAGGGGGAGUCACACAAGAACACACUGUGGUCCUGGCUGUGGAGCUGCAUUCAUGACCUCAUCAGAGGUGCCAGCCCAUCCCCAGCCUUCCCAGAACCAGUGUAGAAAGCAGGCUGGAUUGGAAGGUGAGGCUGGGCAGCACCUCAGCAAGGUAUGCUUCAGAGCCAGUUUGUGUUCUGAGGUGAGUCAGCCCGCUCCUCUGGGUUAUUUGGCCCCAGGGCAGUUCUUACCUUGUUUUCAGCAGAAGUGCUGGACCUUCUCGGCAGACUGAGGUCUGAAGAACAGGCAGCUGAAUGGAUGCAGCUGUCUUUACUGCUAAAGUGGUCCGAUUCUAAGUCAGAGUGCUACAUGCUAAUUUCCAUUCCUAGGGUAGUGGUUAGUGGCAGGAAUUUUACUUUUAACUAUAAUGAAUCUUGUGGAACUUAAUUGUUUUGACAAAUAUUAAAUACCUUAUCACUUUUAACUUAGGGAUUUAAGUUUGACCCAAUUAAAUUUUAUAUGAAGUGUGUUUUGUUUGAAUAUAAUUUCAAACUUUAUACUUUACAAACAAACUUUGACCAAAUAAAUCUUUCAUGUAAAUCCAGGUAAAAAAAUACUAUUACUGGGUUUUAAGGCUGUGAGCUCACCUGUUUCUCCCCUUAUGUAGCACCACCUGCUGGUCAGUGGCAGAACUGUCCUGAUUUUGUGACUCAGAAACAGUGCAGCUCAACAUUCUCAUUUGUCUUUGGUUCCUUCAAAGAGAAUUAUUUUCCCUUUGGAAACUAUUUACUGGACAGAAGUAGCUUUUGCUAGAUAACCAUGUCUCCUACGCUGGUGUUUUGAGUCUCUCGCUGUGUGUAAAGGACACUGACCACAUGUACCUAAGCACAGGAGGCCGCAAGAUGCCUCCCCACCACGUCCCAGUGAGGGGCAGACCCACAGACUUAUUCCUGGGUGCCAAAGAGCCAGCUCUGCUACCACAGAGGAGUAUUACAGACCAAAAUUCUAAUGCGCGGUUACUGUUACAAAGAAAUGUUCACUUACCAAGUUACUGCUGGUUGCUGCCUGUGGAAUAACUGGGUCUGCUACCAAGUGGGAAAGUUGUAUUUCCACUCAUUUUAAAUUGUUGGGGCAAAUGUGAAUCAGUAUUUUAAAGAAAGAAAAAGGCUUACUCUGAACUUAUGCCUGUCGCUCGUAAUUGUAAAAAUUACGAACUGCAUAGAUUAGCUGCUGAAGAGUUUUUCUAUCCAGGUCUGUAGUUCUGCCAUGUUGUUUUCUUCUUUAAAAAAAAAAAAAACUGUCAUAUAUUAAAGGGUUUUAUAUAUAUAUAUAUGAGAAUAAAAUUUUGUUUUUGAGUUAACAAAAUGCAAUACUGAUACAUUUCACUUGUGUUCUAAACAAAGGUAGAGUGUUCAUGCCAGUGACAGACACCGAUCACUCUUCCAGGGGCCAUACUUUUUCAUGUAAUCUUCACACAGUCUCUGCAAGUGUUAUUGUUCCCAUUUUACAGAUGAGAAAACUUUUCUACAAUGAGUCUCCAAAUCAUUGAGGAAAACUUUUCUGAUGUGUACAACCUUCCUGAAAUGCACUCUGGUUUGCAGUGUUCAGUCAUUCCGACAUUACUAAAUGUAUACUGCGUCCCAUUGGGGUUACUGAAAUCACAAACAGUGGUGGCAGUGAGCACAAGCAACCGCUGGAGGAGCCCAUGCAGCCUCGCAGGUGUCCUCAAAAUGCAGGUAGCUGAGAGCUGACUGGCACUCUGACAAAAUGGAGCUGACAGUCUGGCACCAGGGAAUUCUAUAAAAAACUCGUGUAGCACAGUGUGAGGAGCAGAUGUUUGAGUGUAAGCAGAGGCAACACAUUGCUGGUGGUCCACAUCACAAACCAAGAGUAUCUAUCUGUGCUGCUUGAGGACCAUCCUGCCAGUGGAUUUUUUUAUCACUAAUCAGGGUCAUUUAGUAUCUCACAACUUUACAUGAAGUAAUGACAGAUGGGCUGUGUCUAUCACAGGGCACUGUGAACCCUUGUGUGAGAAGACAGGCACUAGACUGGGUGGCGGGCUGUGCUGCUGAAGGAGAAGCUCACUUACUAGCAGAGAAGUGAAGUUUCUCAGUGGCUUUAAAAAGAAAGCAGUCUCAAUGAUCUGACUUACAGCAAUGUGAGCCUGGAACCCCCUGGCCAUGUGGAAGGCACCAUUUCCUGAAACCCUGUGCCUGCUGAACUGGGACCGAGCCUUACUUCCUCAGGAAGGUUGGCUCAACAUAAGCACGAGGCCUUGCUCCUGUGGGCUGGAGUUUGUUCGGGGAACAUGCCGGUCCACCCCAAGGCUCUGACUCAGAUCAGGGUGGAGUCUGACAAUCUUUAGUCUCGAGGAGUUUCCAGGUGCUGCUGACACUGCAGCCCAAGGACGACAGAGCCAUCAGCCAACCCCCUCUAAAAGUUAUCAAGAAGGUAGCUUGCCCAGGAGCCUGGGACCCAUGAGUGAGGGCUCAUUCAGAGUGUAUGGAGUUUUCAUCCACCACAUUAGGUGCUGCUGCAGACACUGUAAAGUAAUAUAUGCACCCAAACUGUCACCCAGUACUUUCAUCCUGAGCCCACCCUGCCAUGCUGCAAUGCCACACCACCACAUGCUCUGACGACUUUGCUCCUUUCUCGUGUAACAUCUGUCUCCCAAAAUACUUAGCCCAGGUACCUCCAAAUCCAAGCAAAGAUGCAUGCUUCAUCUUUUUUUUCUUUUUCAUCACAAAAAAGAAUUAAAGAGCUUUCAAGUACUGAGACUUUUGUCAGUAAUGAAACAUUUCUAGGGAGAGGCAUAAAUGCUUAUGGCAUUAAUAAAAAGCAAACAAGACAAUCCAGCAUGCUCUCAGCACACCAGUGAGUGAGCCACGUUACAUAUUCUGCUCCAUGCUUUGAAGGAAAACACAGACAUGCCAGCACAUGAGCCCUUGAAAAGAACUGUACAUUACACUUGUCGCAUACAGAAGCGACAGCAAAGGCACCAGUGCUGGAGACAUUCCAGCAGUGUUCGACACAGAAACUUUUUAAGGAAGAGUCCACGGUUAGCCCAGGUUGGGUAAUAAAAAAGCCAUACAAUGGUAGAUUUCUAUUAAGACACAGCCAUAAUCAAGGCACACUUCACUUGAACAGCACCUGAGCCCAGCUGCACAGAGACACAGGGAUGAGGAAACAUCCCUUGCUCAGGGCAACUAACCACAGAAUGUGAGUCAGCAAGAAAAAAUUUUUCCUAAGCACUGUCUCUCACUUUCUCAUGAUCCUUGCCUUUGAGUGCACUUUGGAGAGGGAGCAUUUUAGAUGAAGAUUCUUGAGGACAAACUAAGAACAAACCUCACCCUUAGCAGUGACCAGUUUAUGUGACCAACCCAGUCUUCCCUAGUGCUCCCCUCGUCCCCCCUUCUCCUGACCCCUGCCUUCAGCAGUUAGUCUUGCACACAAAAAUGCCUUCAUCACUGAUAGCUACUGCCUGUUUUGGAGCACUAGCGACAUACCAAGGAGGAAAGUGUAUUCAAAGCUGAACAGCAGCAGGCAGACAAGACAUCACCCCCACUGCUGCUGAGUGCAGCACGGAGACGAGAAGGGACACCGUCAGCAUCCACCCAAUGCUAGUAGUGUCCACAGACAGUUUCCAUCUCUCCGGCUAUCACCUGGGCUUGGGGACACCUCACGCACGCCCCAUCUCUAGCUAUAGUGCAGGCCCCGACCCUGGAUCUGGAGUCACUUUCCCUGGUGCUGGGAGGCUUCGCAGCAGCUAGGUCUCAACUGGACCUGCUGCCUGGUUAUAAAUUCUUUCAUUAGGGAAAACAGUAAAUGGAGUGAGGUAGGCAUACAGAGAUAAAUCCUUAAACCCUGAUGCAAUUUUAAGAUCAAGAAAUGUGUAUUAGCCCAUUGUCUGUUACUAGGAAUAAAUACUUGGGCCUGGAAACUUAAAAAGUAAAGGCCUACUCAGAUCACACUUCUGUGGCCAGCACCAUGGUGGAAGUGCGCUUGGGGUGCAGGGGCCAAUGUAGGUGUCACAUUAACAGGCAGGAAGCCAGAGAGGGGCCAGGCUCAGAAUUUUACAACUCUCUCAGAGGAACCUGUUAAGGGCCCCAUAACAAAUAAUUCAUCCCAGAGAGGCAAAGCCGACAAGCUAAGAACCCCCACUGAGCCCUCCCUCCUGCAGAUCCUCUCAGCACUGCCACGGUGAGGCCAAGUCUUAGCACGUCUUUGGAGACAGGCCACGCCAAGCCACAGCACAGCUCCUUGGAUACUUUUAAAAGCCUUCUGAGACAGCAGGCCAUGUUAUGUACAAGUGUAUGUGGGUAUUCAAUUUUAGAUUUUAUUACUAUAAGAAUAACAGUCUCAUUCUGGAAAAUUUUUAAAAUAUCAAGUAGUUAAAAACCUCCUAGUAUACAAGAUAAUUUCUGUUCUUGAUAUUUUCAUGUUUCUUGAAAAGCUGUCAAAGAUAACUUGUUGCUAGAUAAUUGAGAUUCUACACAAAAUGGUACACCUUAUUCUUUAAUGUAACAGUUUUCCCAUGGCAAUAAAAGUUCUUGGAAAAUAGUACUUUAAUAGCUGCAAAGUAAGGAGAUACUUAAAUUAAUUUUCCCAUUUUCUUGCUGAUAGAUACUGGGUUCUUUCCAGUUUUUCUAAUACAAAGAUCACCAGCAGUAUGAAGCUGAGUUUAGAUUUUGGAUUAUCCCCUUCAGAUACAUUGCUAGACAUGAAAUUAACCAAAAGGUAGGAACAUUUUUAAGGUUUUGGUUUUCACUUUUUCCUUUGAAAGUAGCAUCACAGAGAAGUUUCAAGGACAGCACAAAGAGCUCUCCUAAAUCAGUGAUGGCAAGCAAACCUUUUAGAGCACCGAGUGGUAACAAAUAGCCUGCCAUGGCCCACAUGCCAUAGGUUUGCCCCCAUCCCCACCACCCUAGAUCCUCAACUGCUGUUUCCCCAGACAAGGACAUUCUCCUACAUAGCCACAACACAACUAUGAGGGAUAAAAUUAAUAUCAAAAAGGUGUGACUCUCUAGCCCCUCUACUCAGGUUUUACCAGUCAUCUGGACAACGUCCUUAUAACAAAACAACACACUCCAGGAUCACUGCUAUACUUAGUGGCUUUCACUGUCCUUCAGCCUGAACAGUCCUUAGCCAGGCCUGGGUCUGCCUGACCUUGACACUUCUGAAGAUUGCCAGCCAGUCCCUGUGCGGCAUCUCUCCCCAUUUGGUCUUGUCUAACAGCCCUCAUGGCAACAUACCUUUAUAGGGACUCUCACAGAGACUCAAGGGCCCUAACAGAUGGCUCUGCUCCCUACAAGAAGGUGGCAUCUGCCAGGCUUUCUCAUUGUAAAGACAUUGUUUUCCCUUUGGAGUGCUUAAUUAUUUUAUAGGGAGGUAUUUUGAAGCUAAGGAUAUAUCAUGUUCUUCAUCAAUUUUUCAAGUAAUUCUUUAUACAGCAAACUCAUGGACUCCCUAUUCAUAUAUUAUUGUUUUGAUAUCAAAAUAUUUGACUAGUAAAAGCCCUCUUUACAUCUUUUUUCCUUUACUCCGCACUCUCAGAGCAGACCCCUGCCUCCUCCUCCUCUUCCACAUUCCCUGCCUCAGAGAGGAAAUCGGCCUUUCCUUCAAGCAUUCUGGCUCCCCUUGUAGAGGAUGGUGUUCAGAAGUCCAGACCUAAGCUCUGAAGGUGUACCUUCUUCCUGAGAGCAGAAUCCGGGCAUCACACAUUUGUGAGGGCCACAUUAAGGAAUCGUUUGUGUGGGUGUCACAUACGCACGCACACACACACACAUGCAGGAAGAGUCAGCCACAGGCCUGGACUAGUCUUGUCCCUAUGCAUCCCCAGAAGGACCUGUCUCCCCAACAGAUAGUCAGCUGUCCCCUCAGAGUAUGCUCAACAAUGUGCUCAUCAGCAAUGCACACAGUCUGUACAACAGUGCCAACUGACAGUGAACCCACUUUCCUUCUGGGAUCUGGAGCCUUCUGUGCACCUGGGAGACUUAACACUCCAGUAACCAUGCAGGUCUCAGACCCUGUGAAGGUGCCUUGUGAUUGUCCCUUGUGGGGACACGUGACUCAUGUUACAACCUAUUAGCUGGAGGUUAAGAACAUCUGUGAUUCCCCAGGAAGGGCUAUUCUGGUUCUCAUACCUGGCUUCCUCUAAACCUUACCUCAGGAGCUGUUGGCCUGAAACCUUUUUAAGAAAUUGCAGCACAAGUAAAAGAAACUUCAAGAGUUCCAUGGGUCCUUUUAGGAAUUUAUCAAGUCUGGGGGUGCUCCUGAAAAGUCUCAUAUGUAUGUGCACACACAUGCAUGUGCACAUUUGUAUCUCCAUCAGUUUCUAACUAGAUACUGAUACCACUGCCUUCCGUUUCAACUCAGUUCAUUUUUCUCUUUAUUUGCAAGAAACUUGUUUCAGUCAUCCUUAAUGUACUUGCUGAUCAGUCUCCCUGAUCUCAGCACUACCGACCUUCCUCAUCUCCAAGCCCUACACACCCACAAGCCUCUUUGCACAUGGACUUCACACCCCUGCACAUCUGUCAGCCCCGUGGCCCUUCCCACAGGAAACCCUGAGCCAUGUACACUGACAGUGUCCAUCCUUCCCCUACUUUGGACUUUCUCACUUUCCUGAGACUCCACCACCAGCUCUGGGCAUUACAGCUCCCUUCCUCUCCUGCCCUAGCUGGACUCUGCCUCAGUGCAGGACCAAGAGAAAGUAGGGGAGGAAAGUAAAAGGGGGUUGGAGCACAGGGUGUAAUGGCUAUGUUGGUUUUAUCAGCCUCACUUAUCUAGCAAAAUUAUUAAAAAAAAAAAAAAAAAAAAAAAAACCUCUCAGUUUAUCGGAUCUGAUCCCAGGCCUCAGUUUAAAACCCACAAGACCAAUUUUUUUGCCACUCUCUCUCUAGAGCUCCUCACAUGGGUAGUGCCCCUUGGGAAUGGCUCCCCUUAGUCACCUCAUACUGCUGCAGCCCAGGACAGGCAGCACCUGCCUGCACAGUUCCAUUCAGAAGAUGCAGCUUCUCUGCCACUUGCUUCCACAAACUCUUAACUGCUCUGCCCAGUCCCACUCAUGAUGUGCAUGGGACACAGGACAGGUCCGGGGUUGGGUGCUCUUCAAGGGCAAGAGCAUGCUGCUUGUGUUCCCCCCAGCAUCGAAAGGAUCCAGCAGGGAUGUGAAAUGUCAAUCAGUAAUAGACUCAAAACUGGCUUCAGGAAAGGUGAAUACACACUUCUUGUUGCAAUAUCCAAGAUUUGCCCUGGCCCCAACAGGCCUGGCAGUGGAGCUUCCCUCUCUCCUUUUAGACUGGCACAGUCACUCCCUUCCACAUGCUGCUACCUUGCUCACCUGUGGAUUGAGAAUAGGUUACAUGAAGCAAUAAAUCAUUUGGGAUUUGUGUUUGAAGGACUCCCUGAAUGCCACCUGACCCAGCCAACUAAGCACAUGAGUACGUUUCUUUCCUGCGUGCAUGACAUCAAUGGAAACAAAUGAGGAAAAGCCCCAAGUUUAUCAAAUUUAAUUAAUGGUUACCUUUACUUAGCAACUCCUAUCAGCUUUUUAAAAAUCAUUCUAGAUAAAAAUAAUUUUUUUCAAAUUAGCAAGCCAGUAACCAAUGAAUGCUGCUCUUAAAAGAUUUGUUAAAAACUCAAGAUUCUGGGGCUGGGGAUUUAGCUCAGCGGCAUAAGCGCCUGCCUUGUAAGCAGGCAGUCGUGAGUUCAGGCCCUGGUACCGAUAAAAAUGAAAAAGACAAAAAAAAAAAAAAAAAAACUCAAGAUUCUAUUUAUAAAUGAAAACUACAAAUUGAUUUCAUCAUAAAAUGUUUUUCUUACAAAACAAAGCAAUAAAUGGAUUUUGAGGGCUUGUGGUUAUGAGGUAUGUGUGUAUUGGUUUUUAUUUCAAACACUGCUGAAAUUUAAACACUAAGAUAUAGCCACAUAUUUAAAUUACUAAGAUAUUUGGAUUUUAAAUUUGGCUAUUCAAAUAGCCAGAUGCCAACUGAAUUUGCAUCAGAUUAAAAAAAAACAAGCCAAAAACAAAAAUUUGAUCUAGUUACUGUCUUUUUCAUUCAUGUUAUGAUUCCGGAUCAGCAUCUGGCAAGGAAUCAGACAUUACAGUUUACAAACCUUAAGGAAGUUUUUGCAUUCUGUGGAUUAGAAGAGAUAUACAUUAUCAUAUAUACUCCCAACAGCCCACAAUGGUAAGAGUUAGAUUUGAAUUUUUGCUACAUCACUGAAUUUGACAAAUUUCAGAAACCUGUAUGUGAAGUUUAAACUUAAUUGUCACCUUGAUGGAUUUGGGAGCCACCCAUGGGAUUAGGGAAACACACUUCUUGAUAUGUCUGCAUGCAUCAGGGAAGCGUGAAUUCAAGUACUGUAUGAUUCCUGGUCCCUUCUUCCCUGGCACUGUUCACUUCUCUGCUUCCCAAAAGCCAUAACAUACAGCAUUUUUGCUCUGCCAUACUCUUUCCCCUCCAUGACAGAGCUAGUUGCCCAUGUACUUUCUGGAAACAUGUACCAAAAUAAACUACUCAAUUUUUGGGUGUCAGAUACUGUGUCCCAGCACCUGGAAUACUAAUACAUUAUAUAUACAAAAGUAGUUAAAAUCCUAUUUCAUUAAAAAUUAUGUAUCAACUUAUUCUAACCAUCUUUUUCAGUUUAGAUUACUCUUGUAAAAAGUACACCUAUGCCAGUCACUAAAUGAGACAGAUAUAUAGAAAGGUUAGCAGAUGUAAUAUUUUACAAUCAAUACAAUAAACUCAGGAAGAUGUUCACUACCUUUGCAGUCUUCACUGAUUUUUCAAUAGCUUAAGCAAUUCAUCUUGUUUUAUUGAGUCUUAAGCUGCCCUUUGUAUUUUAUAAGCAUCUUUCUACUCCUCUGUGUCUGUGUGAUAGAGACAGAGAGAGAGAGAGAGACAAUAUCAUAACCAAUCCAGCUUGAUUCAGAGAUACUGUACUGCUUUUGGAGGAGAGGUCUGCAGUACUAUUCUUGUAAGUAUGUGCACAAAUACUGUUAAGGGAGAAGUCUGUAAACAAAAAGUUUAAUACCGUAAUAAGGAAAAACACUGUUGGAAGUAUGUAACAUUACCAAAAGUUAAAGGACAGCUUAAUCUUUUAAAACUAAUGUGUAUUAAAUAAAUAUUUAAAUGAAAUUAAAGGCAUCCUGGCACUGAGCUCCUCCUGAUCUCACCCAUGCACUGCCUGUCCUCCAAGGGCUACCACCAACAGGACCUUAUAUGGUGGUGCAGAAAGGCCAAAGGAAAGAAAUUUCUCAUACUGUUAUGAUAAUCUCAGUCAUUGCUUCUGCACCUAGUGAACUAUAUUGAUGCAGGAUACAGAUUAGAGAGCAGAAAGAGCAGCAUGGUCAUGGUCAAGGAUAUACCAUUUACUGAACCCUGAAUCUGUCCAGGACUCUUUGCCUGCAGCAACUUUGCCAACUCUGAGAAAGUAAUGUCUAAUACCAACUAAUCUCUGACACAGGUAAACAGCUUGCUAAUUAAUUACUCUGUAAAUGGCAUGGAUCCAUUCUGUUUCUAAUGCCUAGAAAAUGUGUGCAAAUAUCUCUUAAGUUCACAGAAUAAAUCAUUCUCCCCUGCCAUUUUGUAAGUGGAAAGGUACAUAUGAUGAAGUAAGAGUUUCAGAUUAAGUUCUAAGUUACAGAUUAAAGUUAAAUAGUUUAUGUUUAAAGGUAUUGAAAAUUUAUUUGGGGAAUAUUGUUGAAAAUAAACCAAGUUUUUCAGAUGAGUAUUUUAUCCUUGGACAACAAUGUACAAAGAUGUACUGAAAGGAUUUCCAAAUAGAAUUACAGGAUUUAAAUAGGUAGAAGUUCAUAGACAUAACAAUGUCCCUAAUCUUUAUUACUAAGCUUCAUUAAGAAUUUAUCUUUUUUUUUUUUUUUUUUUUUUUUUUUUUUUUUGUCCUUUUCCUUUUUAUCGGUACCGGGGAUCGAACUCACGACUGCCUGCUUUCAAGGCAGGCGCUUAUGCCGCUGAGCUAAACCCCCAGGCCCAUUUGUCAUGUUUUUAAAAUAAUGAACUGAAUCUAUGUUUAACAUCUCAGUACCAAUUCACCUGUUUUUAGUAUUUGAACUUUGGGGGAGGCGCAUGGACAGUGCUGGGGAUUGAACACAGGGCUUUAUACAUGUUAUAGGUUAUAUAUUCCUUUGUCUCCCUCAGACCAUAUAAUUUUCCAUGUGGCUGAAUCUAGCAUUUGUGAUUGGUUUGUGGUCUAGCACUCAGACUGGUGGUGUUUUACCUGCCCAGAGGUGGGGUCAGGGUAAUGGCAGGAAGGUGUGUCUUUCUCUUGUGCUUUCGCUUUUCCUGUUUGCAGCACCCAUUAAUGGCUGCCCCGCCAUGCCACACUGCCCCGGAGCCACCUGACUCUAGACUAAAUCCUCCAAAAACUGUAAAAAAUAAAAUAAAAUAAAAUAAACCAUUUCUUCCCUAA